GCUAUAACACAAAAACAAUCUCAUCAAAACAGCUAUUAAACUCUCUCAACUCUUAAGGUUUUAAGUUUUUGUUUGCAUUCUCCGAUACGUUCCAUGGAUUACAGAUCAUCGAUGGAGUCAUCGGAAACCCUAAGGAACAAGUGUGCAGCUUGCUAUAGGCAAUUCAACAAAAUGGAACAUUUGGUGGAGCACAUGAAGAUCUCUUAUCACUCGGGCCAUGAGCCGACUUGUGGCGUUUGCAAGAAACACUGCCGAUCCUUUGAGUCCCUCCGGGAACAUCUCAUAGGGCCAUUGCCAAAGCAAGAAUGCAAGAACAUUUUCAGCCUUCGCGGAUGCAGAUUCUGCUUGACCAUCCUUGAAAGCCCAAACGCUCGCAGGAUUCAUCAAGAGCGAUGCCAAUUCUCGAGCGUCAAUGCUGGAUUGACUACUCGUAUGGCGGCCUUAGGCCUAAGAGAUAAGGCCAUGAUCGACUACACCUCGUCGCGGUCUCCAAAAGUGGUUGCACUCUCUUGCAAGAUGGUAGGAGGAGGAAGCGACGGUUCUUUGGAUCUAUGUGCGAGGGUUUGCAUAACGGAUGAAAGCGACAACGUUGUGUUCCACACGUAUGUGAAACCGUUGAUGCCCGUGACGAACUAUAGGUACGAGACGACGGGAAUACGUCCAGAGAAUCUACGGGACGCAAUGCCGUUGAAACAGGUACAAAGAAAGAUUCAAGAGUUUCUUUGUAAUGGAGAACCCAUGUGGAAGAUUCGUCCAAGAGGUGGGAAAGGGAAGAUUCUCGUGGGACAUGGCCUCGAUCACGAUCUUGACCGACUUCAACUUGAAUAUCCUUCUUCCAUGAUAAGGGAUACUGCGAAAUACCCUCCCUUGAUGAAAACAAGCAAGCUUAGCAAUUCUCUCAAGUACUUAACUCAAGCCUAUCUCGGGUAUGAUGUUCAUGUUGGGAUACAAGACCCAUACGAAGAUUGUGUAGCGACGAUGAGGCUCUACACGAGAAUGAGAUAUCAGAAACACAAGAUUGAAGCUUAUCCUUUAGCCGCCGAUGCGCAGAACCGUAGCAACCAGGUGGCUUGGAGGCAGAGCGAGGUCGAGAGGAUGUCUCCCAAUGAAAUGCUCGCCAUCUCUCGCUCCGACUACUACUGCUGGUGCUUGGACUCCUUCGCUUGAUUUCUCACACUAUGGAGUUAAUUUGAGUAAUCGAUUACAACUACUUCGAUUUUUAAUUUAGUAGCGUAACGUCAAAUAAGCAUUAGUUCUGAUUUCUAUUAAAAAAAAAACAUUUGUUCUGAUUUCUAAUAGCCUCUAAAUUUUAUAGUAUGUGUGACUGUGUCGUAUGAGAAGUAUACAUUGUUGUUAUACUUAAUAAAGCAUGGCUCUUAAUUAUUGUUAAUUGCUAGCUUUUGGUCUGGAAAUGUAUCUCUAUUUGUU